AUAGAUAUUAAACCAGAAAGAGGCUUAUUGAAUAAAGUGGGAACCAACAAGAAUGUAAGACAGACUGUAAUCACUUGUGAUCAAUCCAUCACAAAGAAAAUCAAAGGAUUAACUACCUGACACUUUGGAGAAAUUUGACAAUUAGUAGUCUAAGAAAUAAUAUCAAAUUGAAAUCAUCAACCCUGGCAAUGGAAGAAAGUAAUGAAUAUGAUAAUUCUGUUUCAGCGGGGAGGCAAGAAAUGAGAAAAAGAAGGAAACCUUCUCAACCAAUGGUAGACAAAUCCCAGCAAACAGAUAUCAUUGAGAAAAAGAAAUGCCUGUCAGGUUCACAACUGUCUACACCAAAAGCUGUCUUUAGUCAUAGUAAUAUACUUGACAGCAAAGCAAAGUAUUCUACUAAAGAAUAUGAUAACAUGAGAUUAUCUUCUCAGCUUCAACAAACCUGGCAGAAGAGAAAAUUUGGACAAGAAUUAAUAGAUAAAUUUCAGCAGACAGAGGAAACUAAAGGAGGGGGACUAAAAGGAAUGGAGGGAAAAAUUUUAUCACCAAAAUCUAAGCUUGAGGAAUCAAGUGGGGGAGGAAAAAUGAAGUGUGGUGAACAAGUUGGAGAAGGCUUAGUUGAUGGAGGGCCACUUCCUUUUAUCCCUGAAUCUGAGAUUGAACAAGUUGCUCAUCCUUGUAUAGAGUAUGAAACUCCCUUAAUCAGAUCCCAGAGCUAUUGCUUGAUAAAUAGAUCUCAGCAGACAAGUUGCACUGGAGACUGGGGUCUUAUGGCCUCCUUAUGCAGAGAAAUGGUGGACAAGCAGACUGGAAUGAGUGACAUAGAGCUACUGGGAUUUCCUAGUAGCAAAAGAGAUUCAUCAUGCCAGUCAGUGGAAGAUCCUGAAGAAACUAAAAUGAAGUCAAGGAUAUCCCGAGGAAGUUCUACGGCUAAUAGAACCCAGACAAGUACUAGGGCUACCAAAACAUCCACUGCCAGGGGAAGUGCUCCUGCUAACAAAAUUUCAUCUCCCCCAGGAAAUGCCAAAGUCAUCUCUGCCAAGGGAAAUACUGAAGCUGGUGGUAGAACUUUUUCUUCCCAGGCAAGUGCUAGAACUAGCAAAAUGUCCUCUGCCAGGGCAGGUGCUACUGCUAGCAAAAGUUUCUCUCCCCCAGGAAGUGCCAAAGUCCUCUGUGCCCAAGGAAGUAUUGAAGUUGCUAGCAGAACAAGUACUAAGGAUAGCAAAACAUCCUCUGCCAGGGGAAGUGCUACAGCUAGCAAAACCUCAGCUAUUGAAGCCCCUGAAGAAUCUGGCUCAGUAUCACCCAUUAUAAAAAUGGAGGGUAUUUCUGUGGAAGAAGUAGUUCGUGAAGAAGGACAACCUCCUGUUGCCGAACUUGAAUCUUCUGAAAGAGACAGUUCUUUGGAACUAGAAUCUCCUUCUGCUGCUGAAAGAGAAUUUCCUCCUGAGGAAGGUUUUCUUGAAGACAUAGAGUCUCCUGUUGAAGUAGAGACUUUUCCUGUGGAAGAACAAGAGGAACAAGAGCCUUCUGAUGAAGUGAAGUCUUCUUUUGUGGAAGAAACUCAACUUGAUGAGGUAGAAGCUGCUGCUGCUGAAGAGGCUGCCCCUGUAGAAGCUCCUCUUGAGGAAUUAGAGCCUCCUUCUGAUGAAGUAGAGGCUGCUCCUGUAGAUGAAGCUCCUCUUGAGGAAGUAGAGUCUCCUUCUGAAGAAGUAGAGGCUGCCCCUGAGGAAGAAGCUCCUCUUGAGGAAUCCGAGCCUCCUUCUGAAGAAGUAGAGGCUGCCCCUGAGGAAGAAGCUCCUCUUGAGGAAUCCGAGCCUCCUUCUGAAGAAGUAGAGGCUGCUCCUAUGGAAGAAGUCCCUGUGGAAGAAGCUCCUGUUGAAGAACCCAUUGAGAAUGAUUCUGAGGAAGUUCCUCUAAAGGAACCUGAACUUGAGUCUCCUGCUGAAACAGAGACUGCUCCCGUAGAAGAAAAACCUCUGGAUGAGCUAGAGCCCCCCCAAGAUGAUGCCCCUUCUGAUUUACCGCCUUCUCCUCCUGUGGAACAAGAGGAUCCUACUGAAAAAGAAGUUCCUCCAGAAGAACCAGAAGCUCCUGAGGCAGCUGAGUAAGGAAGAGUCCCCAAAAAGGAAGAGCAGCACCAAGUUAAAAUUUAAGCACAUGUCUUAGAAAAGGAUAGGGCCCUGAAAGUAGAAGGGGAAUUGUCAAAGGAAAAGGAAACAUCACAAUUGGAGUUCAUAUUGGAAAAAUGAAUAAUAAAAAAGGAAAGCGGUU